UGCCUUAUAAAUAUAAAAAAAGUGUUAGAAGAGAAGCAAAAGAGGUAGUUGAACUUCUUUUUAGUGAUAAUCAACACAAAAAAAUUGUAUCAAAAGAACGGUCGGAAACUAGUGAAAUAAAUAGCGACCCAGUUCCUGUGCAAUGUGAAAAUGAAAGUGAGAGUGAAAAUGAAAGCGACGAAGCUCCAACUAUGCCUCCAAUUGAAAAACUUAAUAUUCAAGAUGAGUUGGCUAAGUGGAGUGUGAAACAUUUAAUUUCGAACUCUGCAGUGAAUGAACUUUUAACAAUUAUGAGGAGGAUGAUACCAAGCCUACCAAAAGAUGCUAGAUCAUUAAAAAAAACCCCUAGAGAUGCUCCAGUUAUGUCAAUUGCAGGAGGUGAAUAUGUGCACUAUGGACUGGAGGAUUGCUUGACCGAUUUUUUUUUCAAACGCUAAAUACGAAGGUGACACUAUUGAAUUAAAUUUUAAUAUUGACGGUCUUCCAAUUGCAAAAAGUUCAUUGGCACAAGUUUGGCCUAUAUUGGUAAACGUAAACGGUACAAAUCCUGUGUAUACAAUCGGCGUUUUUUCUGGAAACAGUAAGCCGAAAGACGUCAACGCGUUCCUAACACCAUUCGUUGAAGAACUUAAUGAAGUUAUUAGUUCAAAUUUCUCAUUUAAAGGCAAAAGUUAUAAAGUUAGCUGCCGGUCAUUUAUAUGCGAUUCACCAGCAAGAUCCCUAGUUUUGGGUAUAAAAAGCCAUACAGGUUAUAAUUCCUGCCACAAGUGCACACAAACUGGGAAAUACGUUCAGAAGCGCAUGGUGUUCACACAAGAAAAUAAUGAUUCUCGAACAGAUGAAAAUUUCAGAACACGUCACUGUGCAAAUCAUCAUAUAACAAACACCCAAAUGGCAAUAGAAAAGUUACCAAUAGACAUAGUUCAAUCCUUUCCAUUAGAUUACAUGCACGUAGUUUGUCUUGGAGUUGUAAAGUCAUUAAUGAAGUCUUGGAUCCGGAAAAAAAUUGUUCGUUUUCGCUAUCUCCAGCACAAAUCGAAGUGUUUGAUGAUCAGCUGCAGACGCUUAAAAGUCAAACUCCGAGGGAAUUUUGUAGAGCACCACCAAGUUUAAAGGAAUUUGAGCGAUACAAGGCAACAGAAUUUCGGCAAUUCCUUCUAUAUACUGGACCUUUUAUAUUAAAAAAUAUAUUGGAUGAAAAUCGUUAUGCUCAUUAUAUGCAACUAAGCUUGGCUUUGCGCAUAUUAUUAGAUGAAAGCAAAUGUAAAACAUACAAUGAGUGCGCACAAGCGUUGCUAACCAAUUUUGUAAUGAAUGUCCCAGUGAAUUAUAAUGAAGCUACAGUAACAUACAACUUCCACUGUCUUACACAUCUAGCAAGUGAUGCUUUAUUAUAUGGAUCGCUAGAAAAUAUAAGCGCCUUUAAGUUUGAAAACAAAUUAGGAAAAUUAAAACGACUUCUUAAAAAGAAAAACCACGUAUCCGUGCAGUUAUAUAAUUGAUUGGUUGAACAAAGUAUAAACAGUUCACUUUCUGAAGAACAUGUAAAAGUGGAAAGAAGUUCAAAUACUUUUAUUCAGAAUGAAAACAUAUACUUGUCAAUUUUUGCGCCUAACAACUAUUAUAGUGUUGGACAACAUGUUUUCAAAGUUUCAUCAAUUGGAACAACAGGAACGCAGAAAGUGUUUCUAUCCACUUAAUUCCUCUCUCUUGAAUAUAUGGGAGACAACGGAUUUAUCAUUCUCAGAAACAAUAGAGACACACUUUUUACAUGAGAUAGUUAAAAUGGUUUCUUUCUCUCAAAACAGCAAAACUGUCUUUCUUCCGCUAAUUCACAAUGCCUGAAGACUUCACAAAACUAUUCUUUAGUCAGAAAAAUGUUAACAUGGGAGCUCCGCCAAUAAAUGAAAAUUACCAUAAACUUAUAACAAAUUCUGAAGUUUUAGAUAUAGCUAACCAAGUAAUAAGUGCAAUUCAGCGUAUGUUCAUAAGGCUAACAAGCGAAGUGCAAAGCUUGCGUAAGGAGUUGCAGGAGCUCAAACCAGAAAGAAAGAAAACAAAAACUUUAGUAAUGCCUUCCGUUCCAUUCAAGGAUAUUGAGUCGUUUCUGGAAUUUGAAAAAGGUCUCCAAGAAAUAAACGAAGCAUUUAUUUCUCUUGAAAGCGAACUGAAACUUGUUGCCAAGGCACCAAAUUUCGUAAAGAAUUGCUGGAAAAAAAUAAUAACAGAUGAAUUGGGAGAACGACUCUGCUGGAAAGGGACGGAGACAAAGAGAAGUGUUCGCAAUUUUAGUACAACAAAAGCAAUACGAAAUGCAACUUUAUCAUUGGGCUACACGGAGGACACAUUCAUUAAGGACAUGCGCAAUUUCUUUCAAUUCGCUAAAAAUCGCAUAAAGCUGCGAAACGAUUACAAAAACAAAAAAAAAAAAUAAAAUGUAAAUUAAAAAAAAACAUAAUAAUAUAAUAACUUUCACUAAUAUUAGUU